AUGGACAUCGACGACAUUCUCGCCUCGGUCGACCACGGCCCAGGCGCAAGCCCAGAGUCCACAGCCCUAGAUCACCAACUCCUCACGCGCUUCUGGGUCGCCGAACGCGCCGUCUCCGAAGUCCUCCCAUGGCCCGCACCACUAAUGGAGCGCAUGAUGGACCGCGUCCGAAUCCAGAUUGAAACAAUCGAAGACCUAGCCGCAUCUUCAGGCGACACUACCGUCCCUCACACACAUAACCCAAACCUCAACCUCCGACUCUCAAUCCUUCAAACAGACCUUGCACGCACCCAAUACCUUAUCCGAAGCCUGUUACGUGCGCGCCUGGCCAAAAUCACAAAAUACAGUAUGCAUUAUCUGGUCCAGCUUGCAUCGCGGGAUAAUUCGCAAACGCAGUCUACACUCUCGUCGCAAAAUCCAAAUCAGCAGCCUGAGGACUCGGUGCCGGACAUAGCGUCGUUGACGGAUUUGGCGCCGCUUUCUCAGCCUGAGGCUUCCUUUUUACAUGCCCAUCAGACUUUGUUGGCGGGGCACUAUGGGGGCUCGUUUAUGGGUUCGUUCCCCAGGCAGUUGAGGAGGUUGGAUGAUAAUGCUGGUGGCACGAGUAUGGUGCAAGGGCCUGAGUUGCGGGAGGUGGUUUUUGUCCGGUGUCUUGGGGCUGAGGUGCCUGUGUUGUUGGAGGAGGAUGAGGAUGUGGGUGUUACUAUGCGGAUGGGGGAUGUUUGGGUUGUUAGGUGGGAGGGAGUGAAGAAGGCGUGGGGGAGAGGGGAGGUGGAAUUAUUGUGA